GCCACAUUAACGUGGCGAAUGCGCCCCCCACCCACGGCCACCCCGAGGGGCGAGGCGGCAAUUCCUCUGCAGCAGUCUGGCGUCCAUGCUCUUGAUGUUGGGUGUGUCAUCCUCCGUUUGGCCCCUGCGGUGAAGCGCCGUUUUCAGGAAUUAUGGACUCUGUCGUCGUGUGUUCUUUGGGUUGUUUCUCAAUCGGGGCACCGUCAAAUCUCCGCCGAGAAUGUUCAUUUGCUACGGGAGUCUGGAAUCGUGUGCCAUGCCACCUCUGAACUUACCGGGGCUUGUGUUAUUCCUUCUUUCCGUGAAGGGGAAAAAAAACCUUCGGGAACGCGCCGGCCGCGGGUUGCAGCACGGUGGGGUACGAAUUGCUGGCGGCCCUUGCGGGACAGUUGCUCCUUUCAACAGCAUUUCGUAGCAUUUGCCCUCUGUGCUGUCGGAUUUAGUUUUGCGUCUUAA